CAACAGCCUCAGCAACAACAACAACCGCAGGCAACUGCAAUGCCGGCAUAAACAACGUAAUGCAUUACGUUGUCCGUGUGCCGUUUAUCUUUGUAAAUUAGUGCGUGUGCCGCUCUCACUCUCUCUCCCUCUUCCCCUGUCCGUCUCUCACUGUCGCUCACGUUGUGGCCAAAUUUAUUUACGGUACCACGCAAAGCAAAGUGCAAUAAAAUCAACAACACCAACAGCAAAAGCCGGCUCCGUCAUAAAGUCCAUCGAUUGUGCGUCGUGUGAUAAACGUGUGCGUGUGAUUGAUUGUGACAAAGCCUUAGCAACACACAAACAACAAAGCAAGAGCAACUGCAACACCAACAGCAACAAAAUGUUUUCAGCGAAGCGUUGUCAACGACAACAGCUGGCAAAUCUGCAAGAUCUGCACUGCAGUUCCAGUAGAACAGCAAGAAAUGCCGCCUACCUUGUGAUAUUCCAUAGUCUGCUCCUGUUGCUAGUAACAGCAGCAGAGGGCCAGCUCCAAGAGGGCAGCUCCUUAGGAGGCGCCCAAAUAGCCGCAUUGGCGGCGCCUGGGCCCAUUCCUGGUCCGGGUGGUUCCUCCUCCGCCGGUGCGGGCGGUGGCUCCUCGAUCAUCGAUCAGUUCAGCCCCAACUGCACCGCCGUUUCGCACAUUUUCCAGGGGCGAGGCAUCGAUGCCAAUGAAAUACCACAAAAACCCAGCAAUGAACGUGUGCUGCGCUACUGUGAAUCGCCCUCGGUGGGCACCUGCUGUACCUACAACAUGGAGACGCGCAUGGCGGGCCAGUCACGCCUGCAGUUGGAGUGGCACACCAAGGAGCAGAUAUCCAAGAUGUCGGGUCUGCUGGGUGGCAAGGCAGCCAAAUUCAAUGAUAUUUUUCGCAAAUUGCUGCUGGAAUCGAAGGAACAGUUCCACACGAUGUUCAUGCGGACAUAUGGAGUGAUCUAUCAGCAGAAUUCGUAUGUCUUUUCGGAUCUGUUCAGUGAACUGGAAAACUACUAUGCGCGCGGUCGGGUCGAUCUAUUGGAUGUGAUGGACAAGUUCUUCACCACGCUCUACCAAAAGAUGUUCACUGUGCUGAAUGCGCAGUAUGCCUUYAACGAAAAAUACAUGCAAUGCGUCAGCGAGCACAUGAAGGAACUGAAGCCGUUCGGUGAUGUGCCCGACAAGCUCUCGGUGCAAAUCAAACGCUCCUUUGUAGCCACCCGCACCUACGGGCAGGCGCUGAUUACCGCCGCUGAGGUCUCCAAGAAGGUAUUGCAAAUUCGACUCAAUUCGGACUGCACCGGGGCGCUGACCAAAAUGCAGCACUGCGGCGCCUGCAAGGGCUAUACGGAAAAGCCCUGCACCAACUACUGCGUCAACGUGAUCAAGGGCUGCCUGCACUACCUGCACGAGUUCGACACCGAGUGGGAGAACUUUGCCCUGGCCAUGGAUAAGGUGGCCGAACGCAUGCUGGGCUCCUUCAACAUUGUGAUGGUUGUGGAGCCCAUAAACAUCAAAAUCUCCGAGGCCAUCAUGAACUUCCAGGACUCUGGUCAGGACAUCACCAAUCGUGUGUUCCAGGGCUGCGGCAAGCCUACCUUGGGACGCGCCAAGCGCUCAAUUAGUCCCAAAAUGCUGCUGGCGCCAUCUGCCGCCGCCGUGCAGGAACUGCGUGCGCACAGCACGCCGGAAGCGGACACGUUGGACAUCGAUGCCACUUUGGAUGAGGCGAUUGUGCUGCGUGAGCGGCGAGCGGCCGAGCCCGGCUUGCAGGACUCAUCGGCACAGCAGUCGCAAGAGCAGGGCGUGGCCAGUGGCAAUGGAGGCGGCAACAGGCGUCAGCAGCAACGCCGCAAGCAGCAGCGACGCAAGCAACAGCAGCAGAACARUCGCAACGACAACGACGACGACGAUGGCGACAGCAACGGCGGCAGCAGGGAGCCCAUUCUGGACAAGAUUGUGCGGGACAUUCGCCAGCGUGUGAAGGACUACAAGAAGUUCUGGUCGAACCUGCCGCACUCGAUGUGCAGCAAUGAGGACAUCGCSACYUCAUCCGAUGUGGACGGCAUGUGCUGGAAUGGGCACACCAUAGACAGAUAUAUGCACUCGGUAACCACAGAGCAUGGCUCGAAUCCUGAGUUUAGCGGCAAUCCAGCGAGCGCUCGCCAAACUGCGCAGAUGUCCACGCAGCUGUUCCAUCUGAAGAACGCCAUCAACCACUUGCGAAACGCCUACAAUGGUCAGGAUGUGGACUGGAGCGAGCAGGAGGAACCAUAUAUGGGCAGUGGUGCUGGCUCUGGCUCUGGGUCCGAGGAUGACGAAGAUGAUGACGAAGGCUCUGGCCUAGGUCCGUUCGAGCCCAGCCACAAGCCGGACGUGGAUCAUCCGUCGGUGCGCGUCAAUGCCGAGAAUGACGAUGAUGAGGAUACCAAUCCGUCCGUUACCAGCCACACAUCGCGUCCCAAUGUGGAUGAUAAGAACCCGCUGGUGCACACCACGCAUCUGGACCGCGAUAAUAACGAUAUAGAUGAUCCGCUCAACAGCCACAAUAUUGGGGAUGACGAAGAAGACACCGUCCCCGACUCGUCGACAGGUAGCACCACAGGCACCUCCAGCGCACCGGAGAAGAUGACGCUGCGAAGGGCUCUGGUCGUCUAUCUGCUGCCCCUAUAUAUGGCGUGGUUCGGCGGCGUAUGCGCCGAUUUGCUGUGAUUUUACAAAACGCUGCCCCCAACGAAAGCGAAGCGAGCAAGCGAACAAGUGCAGCCGAUGUGGAGCCCUUGACGCUCCACCGUCCGCUGCACGCCCACACCUCUCAGUCAUUCAUCCAUGAAACAAAAAUGUUAUUAGAACUUCUUUUAUACGAAAUGCAAGUCCAAAAUUUUAUAAAAACUUUUGUCAAAGCAAUGAAAAAGCAAUGAGCAAAAAUACGAAGCCCUCCCCAGCUCUGGCCAAGCCUCUCGAAAGGAGCCAGUUUAUCGAUUACUUAUCGAUAAUUGCUGCCCUUUGGAAAGUGCUGUCCAACGUUGGCUAAAUGAAAGGACGACGUAACGAGUCCCCUUACCACUCUCCCCCAUUUAGAAGAUUUAAGUCCAUUAACCUAAGUCGUAAGCGCGAAAUUCUAAUCUGUAAGCGUGUGAGUAUGCGUGAAUGAACAUGUCUGAAUGAGCUAUUGCGAGUGCCUGUGUGAGUGCCUGGUUAUUUGUGAUCGUUUAGCAAAAAUUAACUAUAAACAUAUAGCGUGCACUAAGCGAACUUAUAUUUGUAUUAUAUUUAUACAUAUUCUAUACACAUAUACAUACAACAAGCAUAUACGUAACAGUUGCCAGCAAAUAUUUUAACCAUUUUGAAUUAACACCCAGCGUAAGCAGCGAUAACUAAAUUCUAACUGUACUGAAAUGUAAUUUAGUAACUUAGUUGACCCUUCCCUCGUUUCAAUUAAGAUAAUCGGAUACACGGAUUGGUUAUAUAAUACACGCAUUAUAUACUAUAUAUAUAUACGAUUGAAACACGUCCUUAGACGCAUCUAUUAACAGAUCGGUUUUGAAGCAAGCGCAUUUGUAACCCUAGCAGAUAAAGCUUAAAUAUUUAUGUAUAUUUAU